AUGGCGGUCUUCCGUGCACAAGAUCCGGCGUGGACUGGCGACCUGGAUGCUUGGGCCUUGACGGACUGCGAUAGGGCCACCCUCCAUUAUGACGGCAUUUGUUCGCGUUGCUAUCGAAAGGAUGAGAAACGUGGCCCCGACGAGCCUUACUUCUUCUCUGCGGAAAACCAGCUCGACUUUGGCCCCGUACCGACCCGAUUGCCCGAGCUCACACCUACCGAAGAGGCAUUGAUUGCUCGUGUCCAUGUCCACGUGAACAUUAUGCUUGUGCGGGGGCAGCAGUACAAGUAUCGAGGGCACGUCGUUCACUUUCUCCGCGAGGUUGGCUUGGUGUACAACCAGCUCCCUCUCCUGCCGCGGGAGUUGAACACGGUGUUGCUGCGUCCUGCCAACACGUCGUCACACGCUAAUCUCAGCCGGCAAUUCACCCGCCAGUUCCGCGUGCGUCGCCAGGCGGUUAUGAUAUGGCUAGACUACCUGCGCCAUCAUCAUCCUGGCUAUCGAUCCAUCGCGAUCGACGACGAGCGACUGAGCCAACUGCCCGAGGACGGCAAUGUGGUGGACGCCAUCCCCCAAAGUCAGGUGGAGGCUGCCGAUGUGGGACCGGAGGAAGAUCAGGAGGCAGAGCCUGACCUAGAGGAUGCGGCUGCGGUGCCUGACCUGUUGGCCAAGGACACGGAGCUGGAUGCUCUGCGGUCUAUUCUCGCGGACGGCAGAGCCGACUUUGUGGAGCCUCGCUUGCGGUCCAUUGAGUACAAGGAUUACAUCGAGCACGCGAUGCGGUGGCACGACGGCCGUUUUGCGCGCCAUCCAACCUUCCGCUUUGUCGCAUUCAACACCCUGAUGCGGUCCCAAGCACGUGCGAGGUCCAAAUUCUUCGUGAAGCAACACGAUGGCACCCGUGAGCCGCUCACGCGAGAGCAGCUUAUUCAGGCGCUCGAACACGCUGAGGAUCCACGGGCGCAGGCGCUGAUCAACUCGAUCACAAGAAAGAGGCAGGACCUCGAGGCGUAUGCCUACAGCUUGGGUUGUCCUGGCGCAUUCAUCACAUUUAGCCCGGCUGAUUUACACUGGCGGAGCCUCUACCAACACAUGCCCCGAUAUGAAGAAUGGCUGGGCGCGUCCGAGCCGGAAAGGAUGGCAUUGUCGCGAACGAAGUUUAACGUGACGGAUUACUGGGGCCGGACAAUGCCCCAGGGUGAAGGGAAUCCCCUGAGUGUGGAUCCGCUGGGCGUAGAGAUGACAUUCCUGCGGCUCUCGCAAAUCGUCAACCGCUGCCAGCGCCACAGAUGCAAUACCGCGUACUGCUUGCGGGUCCGAAAGAGAAGUGGGGACCUGGCGAACGAUAUGCAAGGGCUGCAGCCGAUAUCGAGGCGGCCAAUGUCGCCGAUCCGGAGAGGAGUGUCGUUUCAACUUCCCCCCCGCAACGACAGCCUCAUGAACCACUUCAAUCCUGCCAUCAUUCUGGGCUGGCUGGCCAAUAUCGACAUAUCGCCCUGCACCAGCUUACAGGCAGUCAUUACGUAUGCUGCCAAGUAUUGCAGCAAAUCGGAGAAGAAGACGGAGCCUUACUGCAAGCUCGCAGAUCAGGAAGGCACUCGGAUGGUUGUGUACGUCGACUGCCGUCCGUUGGAGCAGCAUGUGCGGUCGUUCCGCGUCGACGAGGAUUCCUACAAUCUCAAGACGUGGGAGACUCGGUCAGCGGAGGCAUCACCCCAGUUUCAUGACUUCUGCCGUGUCAAGUUGAUGAUGGCCCAUCCGCAUCGCUCUCCGGAGGAGCUGCUUGCUGUGGACGGGCAGCCGUUUGAGUCCUUUGCGGCGGCGUACCAGUGCUGCCGGCAGCGACACCAUUUCCAUGAGGACGACCAUUACGGCGAGGUGGGAGCAAAUGAGCUGCAGGCAGAGGACGAUGAGUUUCAGCGGGAGGAGCACGAAGAGCCUGUCGUGGAGGAAGAUUGGCAUGAACUCGCCCGUAUGCUGCCAGACCAUCCGCUGGAGGAGGAGGAUAUCGACGUGCUGGGCCGGCGAGAUGUCGACGUGAAUUAUGACUGGACUCCCACGUUGGACGGUAUACCGAUGACGGCAUUCUCCAGGGCGACUUCUGGAAGCAACGCAAAGCCGAAAAUCCCCUUCACCUUGAUGUGGAUCAUCAGCCGCUGGAGUUGUUACUCCAUGUGGACGGCGGCGGUGGCACGGGCAAAUCAUACCUCAUCAAUCUGCUUUCGGCGCACCUCCAAGCCGCCUCGGGCGGAAGAGUGCGGAAAUCAGAUAUCGGGCACUACCUUGCACUCCCUGCUGCACCUCCCCAUCAACAAGGACUUCAAGCCCCUGUCAGCGAUCGACAAAGCUCAGCUCCAGAAGAAGCUAAAGGAUGUCAAGUACCUGAUCGUCGAUGAGAAGAGCAUGCUGGGUCUGCGACAGCUGUCAUGGAUUGAUGACCGUCUCCGUGAGGCGUUCCCGAAUAGAAAUGAGGAGUUCUUUGGUGGUCUUAAUAUCCUCCUGGUUGGCGACUUCUUUCAGCUUCCCCCUGUACUGCAGAAGCCUCUUUAUUACGACAAGGAGGUGCAGGGGGUAGAGAUCAAGGGCAGGAACGCAUAUCGGCGCUUCGACAAGACGGUUUUCUUGAAGGUUGCCCAGCGUCAGCGCGGCGACGAUCAGGCAGCGUUUCGCUCAGCUCUUGAGGAAUUGCGGCUGCUCCAACUCUCUAUGGAGUCCUGGAAGCUCCUCUCCAGCCGUGUUCAGGCGAAGCUGGACGAUCAGGAGGUUGCCAAGUUCGUCAAUUCCCUACGAGUAUACGCCACGAAAGACAGGCCGGUUGGCCUCUGCAACGGUGCACGUGACCCUCCCUGCGUGAUCAUGAUGGAGUUUGACAAGUACCGGGACUUCCUCGUCGGAGCCACACUCUGCACUCGUACGCAGUUUCCCCUGAUCGUGUGCUACGCCAUUACAGUUCACAAGUCGCAGAGCAUCACCGAAGACAUGAUCGUGACGGAUCUGUCGUGCCGUGACUUUCAGACCGGUUUGAGCUACGUGGCCGUCUCGCGUGUGAAAACGCUGCAGGGUCUGAUGCUGGAUGCCCCGUUUGACCGCAAUCACCUGACUUAUGCGUCGCCGCCGGAAGGAAUUAAGAUGAAAAUGAAGGAUCAACAACUUCGCAAACGACAGGUUCUUACCCAGAAUCCAUCGACAUUUUCCAAGGCACAGAUCCAGACUCGCAGCCUUCGGCUGAUUGUCAACAAUCUCGGCUUUAAGCUUCAGCAUCCGACAUCUGAUAAAUUAGUUUGUUCGUACCCGGACUUCAGGCUGAUGCAAUCCGCCGAGGGCGCUGAGGAGCGGAAGCAGCGCAAGAAACUGCAAAACCGUCUUAACCAACGAGCACGGAGAUCGCGGAUAAGAGAACAAGAAACCCAAGCCAAAACAGACGACCCGCGCCCAUAUCAAGUAGACCGAUGGCGCUACACCUAUCAACACGCCGCCGAUACCGAUGGCGAGCCUGUCCCAACGAAAGCAGGGGAGCGGGACAACAAGGCCUGGCUCGACAUCCUAGUGGCAGCUUGCCAGUUUAAGCCUUCCCCUACGCAGGAUCAUCUGUUACAUCUGAUUCACGUCAACGUACUGCGCGGCCUCUUUGAUAACAAAGUUGUACUCCUGGGCCUUACUUCCUAUCUCGCGAAAUGUGACGGAACUGAGGGGCUGCAGGUCAUUCCUGCUGAACAAGCUUUCCCUGGUCGUGCAGUCAUCAUGUCAACUGCGAGUGACCUUCCCAAGUCUCUUCGCCCGACGCGGUUACAGAAUACCGUUAUGCACGCGACAUGUAUCGAUCUACUACCCUUUCCAAGUAUUCGCGAUAAUCUGAUCGAACAGGAGGGUCGCUUUAGCUGGGCAGAAUUCGCUAACGACCUGUGCAAACAGAAGCCAAGCAUUGCAGAAGAACCAGCGCCUUAUUACGGGGACGAGGAUGACCUCACUGCGAAUCGGAAUGGCAUCAUUGUGUGGGUGCCCCCAUCGACCUGA